CUUUACCUCGGCCCCUCUUACUGACGCUUUCGCAAGGGAACCCUAAAGAGCCCUGAGCUUGUCUUUUUCAUUCAAUUUACCUCUCUGAACGUGCAUUCAACAGAAAUGGCCGCUACCGACGCGGCCAGGGCCCAGACGGGCUUCUAUUGCAGCACAUCUGGCACUUACUUUGCCGACAAGGAGUCGUUGACAGAGCACUAUCGCUCAGACUUCCACCGAUACAACCUCAAGCGCAAAGUUGCGGGCCUCCCGCCAGUCACGAAGGAGUGGUUUGAGGCGCGCAAGGCCCAGCUCUCCUCCACGGCCGCCAGCGCCACCGCCGCCGCGCCUGUGCAGCGGGUAUGGGUUGACCCGCUAACAAAGAAGAAGUUCAAUACCGAGAACACGUAUCAGGUGUUCGUGGGGUCGAAGAAGUACGCGGAGCUGGUCCGCAAGUCGGGGCAGCCCGCGCCCGAGCCCGUCAUCGUCACGCGCCAGCCGGACGGAGCGCCGCAGCCGCAAGAAGCCGACGGCGGCUCCGCCGCUGGCCCCCCGGUCGCCAAGCCCGCCGGCUUCAAAGUUGUGGCUCCCUCCGGCGGUCUGCCGGGUGUGGCGGAUGCCGAGAUGUCGGACGCCGGCGCAGCCUCCAGCUCGGCCGCCGCGGCCGCCCACGGCAAGCAGCAGCAGCAGACGAAGAAGGGGCCGUGGCGGCAGCGGAAAGGGGAAGAGGAGGAAGAGGACGACGAGGACAGUGGGUGGGAGACGGCGUCGGACGACGAGGCGGCGGAGCUGGCGGCGGAGGGCGGCGCGGCAGCGCAGGACGGCGAGGGCGAGGACGGCGGCGAUGAGGAGGAGUGGCCGGAGUGGGACGUGUGCCGCAGCCUGUUUGACAACCACGUGUCGCCCAGCUUCCAGGCCAACCUGGAGUACAUGUUCAAGCGGUUUGGAUUCUACCUGCCCGACAGCCAGUACCUCAAGGACCCCGAGGGGCUGGUCAAGUACCUGGGCGCCAAGCUGCAGGUGGGCGGUGUGCCGCUGGGCACCCGCGGCGACGACGCCAGCGCGCGGCAGUUCCGCAGCCUGCACGCGGUGCAGCGGCACAUGGUGGACACGUGCGCCUGCAAGAUGCUGUACGACGACAACGAGGAGGAGUACGAGGACUUCUACGACUACGACCUGGCCGCAGAGGACGGCGAGGUGGACGAGGCGGGCAACGCGCUGGUGGUGGCGGGCGAGUCGGGCGGGCCCGGCCGCGGCGUGACGGGCGUGGCGGGCUAUGAGCUGGUGGUGGGCGGCAGCGGCGAGGACGGCACCAGCGGCGGCAAGGUGCUGGGGCACAGGGAGUUUGCGCGGCUGUACAAGCAGCGGCCCAAGCCGGAGGACGACCGGCGCAGUGUGGUGGUCAACACCAUGUUGGCUAGGUACCGCGCGCUGGGCGCCCCCACCUCCACGGAUGCGGUGCGGCAGCGCGAGGUGAAGGCGGAGGCCAGCCGCAGCCGCUACGCCGCGCAGGCAAGCCAGCUGAAGAUGAGCAUGAUCAAGAACGUGCUCAAGAAGCUGCCCAAGAACUGCGAGUACUAAAUAACUCAGUACUGCUUGUGUGGGCGGCGGCUGUGUGGUUGUGCGGGUGUGCGGGUGCGGGGGCUGGUGUGUUUGGGGGUAAGGCAUUGUGCUCUUGUGGUGGUGCUGUUGAUGGCGGGGUCUUGAUGUGUUACCGUAGGUCGGCGCAGGGGGGCGCCCGUUAUUCUGGUUGUCCAAGGAGAGCCCGAGAGGUGCUCGAGUUGAUGCGGCGGGCGGGCGGCAAGGUGUAAGUUAAAUUGUGAGGCAGGUGCAGGACUGUAGGCUGUCGAUGGUCGUAUUGUUAGGGCGUGCCCUUGGGGCAUCGGCGCGUUGUUGUGUCGGCAGGUGCAGGCAGGUGUUUGCGAGCGGCUUUUUGGCGCCCAUGUGGCUCUAGUGGUUCGUGGAGCGGUUGGUGCCUUCGAGGCGCAGCGCCCUGGGUUGCGAUUGUGAUUGCGGCGUGCAUAAACGUGUAAGCAGUCUAAUGA